AACGAUGUUCAACUGUUUGACAGCGCGGUGGAAGGAUAUAUAAGAAGCAGUAUUCGGAGUGAUUGACAUCGACCCUUCGUUGGGAAAUAAGAAAGACAGGUCGACUGUUGUAGGUAUAAAACAAAAUAAUCACAGAAGUGUGAAGAGAGAGACCUUGCAGCCAAGAUGCAGUUUCUACUGUACCUGUGUCUAGUUGGCUUGGUGUCACGACCAACAUCGUGCGAGAAAGAAGAAGACAAUGUAUCAAAAGACAAGCCAGAAUUAUUUUCAACUGACAUGCAGUCCAGCACACUUCAUUACUACUAUGAAAGUAAGGCAAAGUUGUUUGGCCCGGCUGAUGAAACUUUUCGGCUCUCUGCUUACGUGGAUGUAGAGUAUCUGGGCACAGGUAAAAGCGGCGCUUCUACCUUUAUGAUGUUCAUCCACAACGUUUAUGUACUAAUGACAAAAGCAAACAGUACCAGCGGUGAGCCAGUAUCAGCGGAUGACUUGUACAACGAGCCAACGAUGUUCGUUCAACUGAAGAAUGGCACCAUUUCUCAUGUCAGUUUCACGAAGAAAGAUACAGAAGACGUCGAUGUAAUGAACUUCAAGCGCUCCAUAAUUUCUGCCCUGCAAACUAACCUUGUCCGGGACAGAGAGAAUGUUGUGGAAAUGGACAUUUUGGGCAAGCACAAAUCACAUUACAGAACAUCCAAGCUGCAAUUGGGGACAAUAGAAAUCAAGAAACACGUGUCGUCCAAGGACAUCUAUGAUGACCACGGCCAGGAACUGGACAGGGACGAGGUGGACAUUGAGUCGGAUGAAGUCCAGCACAUCAAUGGUGGAGUUAUGACUGACGUCACUGGUCACUUAAAGGUGCUUCCUAAGCCGGACCAUCAGGUGGACUCUUCCUCCAGAACUGAUAAUGACGGCAGCAACGUUGACCUUGGUGCUUAUUUGAAUUCAGACGUGAAAUUCAAACUGACUUUGCGAAAGCACGUGAAACGCUCCGUCAGCGGCCAUGAACGCUUGGAAACAGCACAAAAGGCACACUUCCAGAAGAGAUCUUUGAUUGGGGAAUUCGAUCCAGAUGCAGAUGAUAGAAAAAGAUGGCUUAUUUUGAGAAAAGAUUUCGAUGGAGAAGACAAGCUCAGUGAAAUUUUGACAAAAUUCACUCAGAAUCCAACAGAAGCAUCCACAUUGGCCGGCUUGACUGAGAUCCUUUCUUUGGAAAACAAACUUGGUCUCGUUCACGGCAACAUUUCUAAGGAAGAUGCCAAAAAGCCAGCUCUCGCCACUCAACUUAUUAAACUGACAAAAGAUAUGGUUUCUAAAUGCUCCUCCAACUGGGAAGUGUGCAGAGAAAUUCUAGAUCUUUACAUUACUGCAGGCGGCAAAGACGCCGAAAAUGUUCUUUCCGGUCUGGUGCUAAGCCAUCCUUUAUCCACCGAGCAGAGACAGGAGCUGGUACAGAAAUUAACCUUCAUCACAAAACCUACGAAACACAUUCUGAACUCUGUGAAGAAACUUUGGGAAACGCUGCCGGCUCAAGAUGCGUCUUUUCAUGGACCUAUCAUUCUAUCUCUUGGUUCACUUGCCUCAAGACCAACUGUCAGCACGGGGUUCCAGAAAGAGCUGGUGGAACUGCUUCGACAACAUCUGAAGGCAAGUCAUGAAGCUGAUAACACAGAGCAACUCAGUGACGUUCUGGAAGCCAUUGGAAACUUUGGAGACAACAGACUGACGGAGGAUGUGUUGGACAUCGCCAAGCAGAAAGAUCAGCCAUUGUGGACGCUGGUUGGUACCCUCCAUGCUCUGCGGAGGAAUAUGCACGUGUCUUCUGUCCAACAAUGGCUCGUAGAUCUGUUAACCCGACCUUCUUCCAGCUGUGAACUAAGACAAGCCGCUGUCGUCACCAUCAAGGGAGAACUCGCCUACAGAAAUCUGGUCGAGGCCAAAAACAAGGUGUGGCCCAAUGCGGACAAUUCUGAGGUGGACAACAUUUUGUAUAAGGCGGUUCUGACUGAGGAUGAAGGGUUUAAAUGCGCAUUGGAGGACAUUAAAGAAUACUUUAAGCUCAAGGGUGUCCUUAUUCAUGUAAACGAUACCGAGGAGCGCUCCCGUUCUAAGAGAGGAACUGAGCACGUGAGCUGUAGCACGUGGGGCACGUAUAGUGGAAGAUAUUCAGAGCUUCUUUCAGCCAGCCAGUUCUCAUCCGAUAAUUCUCAGUUCCCAAAUAACAGGCAUUGCCUAACUCAUCUUAAGUAUGGACCAUCUAAAGCCAAUGUCUACAUCAAGGCCGGGGUGUUUGCCGGUGAAAACACGGCGACUAACAGGUGCAAACUGUAUGGAAAAUCCAUUGCCAAACUGAAGGUGUUCUCCAAAUCUGUUGACCUGGCAACAGCCGAAGCUUACAGACAGAAGAUUGGUUCCAGUAAGACAAGAGUGUAUUUAAAGGUGUUCGGAAAGACUGUUUUGAACAUCAACCAGGCUGGUCCACUCUCCAAGACCUUCCCAGUUUACAAACCCUCGCCGAUUCGCAUCGAGGUCUUCAGAAUUUACAUCUAUGUCGCCAAAAUAAGUGUCACUAUUAACCUGGCGCCUCGCGUCGAUUUCACCGUGAAGGCCGGGUUCUGUUCCGGAUCAUCUCAGCCGUGUUCCCAUUGCCUGACAAUGACAUUGAAAGCAAGUGCCCGAGUAUCAGGAGGCGCAGAAGCAAGUUUAGCAUCCUUGGUCCGUGGCGGUAUUACCAUCGGCGUGAACCUCAAUUACUUGCUUGAAGGCGUCGGUAAACUGUAUCCCGGAGUCUGUUUCAAAUUCUAUCACGGCCAUGAUAAGAUGAGCGCCAGCAUCCAAGCCUGGUACCAAAUUAGGUCAAAGGUCAAGGUCAAGGUUAAACUGUGGCCCCCUAAGUUCAAGGUAGAAUGGAAAUGGGGAAGCAAAAAAACGUGGAAACCCGAGAAGCUUUCCUGGAGUUUCGGCAGCGCUAGCAGAAAACUCAUCGCCAGUGCAGGAACCUGCUCUGCCUCUUCAAGCGGCUGCACCAGCUUUGCUUGCAAGUUCUUCAAAAAGUUGCCAUUCAAAUCGGGUUAAACGAAGUACCCGGUUCUUAUUCUAGCAUUAAUCUUUUACUUCCCAAUCUUUUUAGAAUAAUCAGAAUAAUAAUAAUUAGAAUAAUUAUAAAACCCGAGAAGCUUUCCUGGAGUUUCGGCAGCGCUAGCAGAAAACUCAUCGCCAGUGCAGGAACCUGCUCUGCCUCUUCAAGCGGCUGCACCAGCUUUGCUUGCAAGUUCUUCAAAAAGUUGCCAUUCAAAUCGGGUUAAACGAAGUACCCGGUUCUUAUUCUAGCAUUAAUCUUUUACUUCCCAAUCUUUUUAGAAUAAUCAGAAUAAUAAUAAUUAGAAUAAUUAUAAAACCCGAGAAGCUUUCCUGGAGUUUCGGCAGCGCUAGCAGAAAACUCAUCGCCAGUGCAGGAACCUGCUCUGCCUCUUCAAGCGGCUGCACCAGCUUUGCUUGCAAGUUCUUCAAAAAGUUGCCAUUCAAAUCGGGUUAAACGAAGUACCCGGUUCUUAUUCUAGCAUUAAUCUUUUACUUCCCAAUCUUUUUAGAAUAAUCAGAAUAAUAAUAAUUAGAAUAAUUAUAAAACCCGAGAAGCUUUCCUGGAGUUUCGGCAGCGCUAGCAGAAAACUCAUCGCCAGUGCAGGAACCUGCUCUGCCUCUUCAAGCGGCUGCACCAGCUUUGCUUGCAAGUUCUUCAAAAAGUUGCCAUUCAAAUCGGGUUAAACGAAGUACCCGGUUCUUAUUCUAGCAUUAAUCUUUUACUUCCCAAUCUUUUUAGAAUAAUCAGAAUAAUAAUAAUUAGAAUAAUUAUAAAACCCGAGAAGCUUUCCUGGAGUUUCGGCAGCGCUAGCAGAAAACUCAUCGCCAGUGCAGGAACCUGCUCUGCCUCUUCAAGCGGCUGCACCAGCUUUGCUUGCAAGUUCUUCAAACAGCUGCCAUUCAAAUCGGGUUAAACGAAAUGCCCGGUUCUUAUUCUCGCAUAAAUCUUUCACUUCCUAAUCUUUUUUAGAAUAAUCAGAAUAAUGAUAAUUAGAAUAAUAAUUUAUGAUUAUAAACUUGAAGGAUAAUUAUAUUUCACUUUCUUCAAAGUAUACCUUUUUUCUACAUUAUUGGUUUUAACUAAUUAUAUUCAUUGUUUACAAAUUUGAACUUUUUUCUCGUAUGUAACGCUUUUCUAUCGCUUGUUGAAUAAAAUGAAUAUAAAAAUAA